AUGUGGACGAAAGGAGAAGACAUUGCAAAGCAGCUAGACAUACUUCAAGCAGGCCUCGACACAGUCGACGCUCACCUAGCCAGGGUAGGAAUGCAAGCCUCUGCAGAAAAGACCCACUACACCGUGGUGGCACCAAGAAAACACAGAAAUGCCAAGAUUGCAGAACGAUUUAAUCUCGUACUCGCGGGUAAAAGAAUCAAACCCUCCCCUUCAGUCAGGAUCCUAGGGAUUACGAUCGAAGAAACGGGCAAGGGAGACAUCUGGUUACAAGACACAAUCAAGUACUGCAACUCCGCGCUCAACGCAAUCAGGCGUAUAUGCAGCGCAAGAGGAGGCGCGACUGAAAACGUAGCCAAACGGAUGGUCAAAGCCCUCGUAGUCUCGCGCGUAGUCUACGGAGCCCGCCACUACUGGCUCAACAAGGGACAGUGGCAGAAACUAGAAACCUUAAACAAUCAAGCAAUGCGUGUAAUUACCGGCCUUCCUAAGUUUACCCCCCUCGGCAAACUGCGGGAACAAGCCGGUAUCAACAAACUCCAUGACAUUGUGACGGCCCGCACGGUUGCCCACAGUGAGCGCCUCAAGCUUACUGGACCAGGCAGAGAGAUUAUGAAGCUUCUCCACAGACCCACGGAGAACCUUCCAGAACUACCCGAGCAACUUCCACCAUGGGAAGACCUCGCGGAGAUCACCGACAACAAGCCUAGUGCACGCAAGGGGGACACCAAGCAGCUAACACGUAAAGCCAAGGCGCACACUAAGAUGGUAGAAGCAUGGGAUCCGAGUUGCAUCAUGGCUGCCUACACGGAUACCGCAUCGCUAGACGGCCCCGUCACCCUGAAGACGGCAGCUGCAGCCAUCCCUGCCCUACAAAUCAGCGCUACCAAGCAGCUUCCCGAAGGCGCCUCGACCAAAGGAGGAGAACUCACAGCAAUCCGCCUCGCCCUCGAGACGGUCCUCGCACUCCCCGACCCGCUAACAACGAAUCUCCGGAUAUUUACAGAUUCGCAAGAGGCGGUGAAGGAAUGUAGAAUAAGGAACAGUCCAAGCCGGAUAGUCCGCUCGAUAAAAAAACUUGCUUCUCAACUAGCUUCAAGAGGCACCUCCACAAGAAUUGCAUGGGUUCCCGGUCACGCGGGCAUACCCGGCAACGAACAGGUACAUCGCCUGGCCCGCGCGUCGCUUAUUCUUCCCCGCGGUUCAGACGACAUACCUGCAUCACAACAUGACCACGGCUACGGCCACGCUCGCGAUCGGGCACAGGCCAACUGGGAACCACAAGAAUAUGAUCCAGGCGAGGUUCGGGCCAAGAUCAGAGAAGUCUAUCUAGCAAAACUCGAAGAGAAGCUCCCCGAAAACCCAGAUCCGCUCCCUUGCACGGGUUUUGGAAGACGGGCGAAAGUUCUCCUGACUCGAGUGAGGACGGACACCGCACUAACACCAGCGCGCAUCGCAUCUUGGAGUCAAGGAAAACGAUCCGGAACUUGCUCCAAGUGCAAUAUGGGCGUGAAGGCAGACAUUUUUCACUUGGUGUGGGAGUGUCCAGAGUACAAAGACAUAAGGGCAAGACAUCGACCAACAAACAUCGCAUCUAUGGAGGGGUGGACACAUCCACCAGGCUCCGAGAGUGACAGACGAAGAGUCUUGAAAGGUCUCCUGGAUUUUAUCUAUGAGGCCAAGCUGGACAUAUUCAUUUAG